UUGGUCUUUUAGACUAUUAUUGUAGCAGCCGCAACAUGGUCACUCUGCAUGGGGCGUACACUAUUAGUCAAUAAAUGAAAAGAAAACAGUUUCGCAAACAAAUAUUUAUUAGUGCAAUAAACGCAAUAUGGCUCAAGCAAAGCCAACGACACAACCAAAGUUCUUGCCCCGCAUAGAUGGCACAUCUACGUCCACAAACACGCAUGUUGCCACGGCCAGCGGCAAUCCCUUCGAGUCAGAGGAGGAGCAGGAAAUCUUUAGUAAACGGAGGUUGCCAUUAAAAAUGCCGAGCAACUACAGCGGCGACCUACAGCACUUGAACGUUUCCAACAACUGGCUCGUCUGCAUGCUGUCGACGCCCCAAGGACGCUGCAAUCUGCUACGAAUAUUUCUGCCGCGAGCUAUUCCCCCAGGCGAGACCGCGCUGGAUAAGUAUUUAGCUGGCUAUAAGAUAACAAACAUCUUUCAGGACAAUACGGGGCAUCAUCUGAUCAUUGUGCUGGUGCCCAAGCAUCCAGGCGUCUCCUCCGAUUUCCUCUACAUCCAGUGCUCCGAAACACCAGAGAAGCAACAGCUAAAGGAGCGUCGCAUUGAGAAGUUUAAAGACCAUGAAAUCACAUCAGUGGCCUUCAAUAGGUACCAUGGCAAAGAGCUGACUACAGGCUCCAUCUUGUUGGGCACGAGUCGAGGCCUCAUCUUUGAGACGGAGCUGGGAUCUGUCAACGAUAGCACGCAGCGUAAGCAGCUCUACGAUCUUGGUUUGGGCCUUAACAAGUACCCAAUAAAUGGGCUCGAGGUGCUGAAGGUGCCCAACAGCAAUCGUUGGAUAGUUGUGGCCGUCACACCUGAUGCGAUUUAUUCAUUUGAGGACACACUGCGGCCAGAGGAGCGUUCGCUGCAGCCCAUUUUCAGUAGCUAUGUGAAUGGUGAGCGGGAGCCGCAGUGCGAGAAACAAAAGACAGAUCUCACCUACUCGAUGCUUCGCUUCUUUGCUCCACCCAGUAGUCAAUACCCAAAGCAAUGGGCUUGGUUAUGUGGUGCUGGUAUCCGGAUUGGAGAGCUGUCAAUAGAUGCGAGCAGCAAUGCAACGCUACUGGGCGACACGCUAAUCAACUUGGACUUUGUAAAAGUCAAGCACUUGUCCUACGAAGAGCGACGCACCAUUGUGCCAAAGUCAUUUGUGCUUACCGAGUAUCAUGCCGUGCUGCUCUACGCCGAUCACAUUAAGGCAGUCUGUCUGCUGAACCAGGAACUCGUCUACCACGAAGUCUUCGAAGAAGCACGCGUUGGAAAACUUAUAAGCAUCGAAAGGGACAUGGGCACUGGUGCCAUCUAUGUGUACACGAAUAAGAUGACGUUUACGCUUAAGAUAUGUCGCGAAGAGCGCAACAUAUGGCGCAUAUAUCUGAACAAAGGGCAGUACGAACUGGCCACAGCGCAUGCCGCCGAAGUGCCAGAGCAUCUGCAGCUGGUCUUGAUGCAGCGGGCGGAGGCAGCGUACAAGGAGGGAGCCUACGAGGCAGCUGCCAACUACUAUGCUGAAACGGAAGAAACGUUCGAAACGGUGUGUCUCAAGUUCACUAUCUUACAAGACAAGCGUCCCAUUAUCAGUUACGUUAAGAAGCGUCUGUCACGCCUAACCAUGAGCGAUGAUGGCGACAAGCAAGCUGAUGCUCUAAAGGCAUUGAUCAUUUGGCUAAUUGAUUUGUAUCUCACACAAAUCAAUUUGCCAGGCAAGGAGAAGGCAUGGCGCGACGAUUGGCAGGCGGAGUACGACGAGUUUAUGCGUGAGACGCCAGUCUUGGCCUGCACAAGUCUGCAUCGCACUGCGGUGCAGCAGCUGAUUGGGGAGCAUGCAGACCCGCAUAAUUUGGCACAAUUUGCCAUCUCGAUAAGCGACUACGAGGAGGUGAUUGGACAACAACUAAAAGCCGAACGCUAUGCCGAAGCACUGCAGACGCUAAGCAAGCAGAGCGAUCUCUCGCUGUACUACAAGUAUGCGCCCCAAUUAAUGGAACAUCUGCCGAAACAGACAAUCGAUGCCCUCAUAGCACAAGGCUCCAAGCUGGACAUUGACAAGGUGGUGCCCACGCUGAUUGUGAUUGAUACCCAGGUGCAGCGCGAGCAGGUAACACGCUAUCUGGAAUUUGCCGUCUACGAUCUGAAUACAACCAACGAUGCCAUACACAAUUUCCUGCUGCAUCUGUAUGCCAAGCAUCAGCCGAAGCUGUUAAUGGACUACCUGGAGAUUCAAGGUCGCGAUGAGACAUUAAUCCACUACGACAUUCACUUUGCGCUCAAGGUCUGCACAGAUCUGGGUGUGAAGAAGGCAUGUGUGUUCCUCCAGUGCUUGCUGUGCAUGUGGACAACCGCAGUGGACUUGGCGCUAGAAUUCGACAUGGGUCUGGCAAAAGAAACAGCAUCAAAGCCACAAGACAACGAGACACGACGCAAGCUAUGGCUGCGAAUUGCGUAUCAUGAAAUUAAGGGCACCGACGAUGUUAAGAAGGCCCUAAGUCUGCUCAAGGAAUGUGAUUUACUGCGAAUUGAGGAUCUCUUGCCAUUCUUUUCCGACUUUGAGAAGAUUGACAACUUCAAGGAGGCCAUCUGUGAUGCUCUAAGAGAUUACAACCAGCGAAUACAGGAGCUGCAAAGGGAAAUGGCCGAAUCGAAGGAACAGUCGACACGUGUGUGCAAAGAACUCGGGCAGUUGCGAGCCCACAGCAUCACCAUGAAGGCGCAGGAUGCGUGUGAUAUAUGUGAUCGGAUACUAUUAGUUAAGCCAUUCUUCGUCUUCAUUUGCGGCCACAAGUUCCACAGCGACUGCCUGGAGAAGCAGGUUCUGCCGAUAUUAAGCAAGGAGCACAAUCGUCGACUCGGUAUGCUAAAGCAGGAAAUGGAGGCGCUUAUGGCUCAAACAGUUACACAAGCUAAUCAUACACCGGAGCAACAAAAGAAACGGGCCGAUCUCAAAGCGGAAAUCGAGGAGAUAUUGGCUGCCGAUUGCCUUUAUUGUGGCCUGUUGAUUGAGACAAUCGAUCAGCCGUUAGUUGACGAUUGGGAUCAGGUGAAUGUUGAGUGGGAAUAGCAGAGAGCAAGUUCAUAUGUACAUCUAGAGAGCAUUUAUUAAUAAAUCUGCAUAUUUAUAGUAA